AUUGUAACGCUUGACGUCAAAAAAAGCAUUUUUACGAAGUUUCAGGUAUAAAUAAAUCCGACGACUGAAGCGGGCAGUUUUCAGUCUGCGUAGUUUUAAACUUUUAAUGUUUAAAUGUCCAUUAUGAGUCCAUCCAGGCCACAACAAAAAUGGCGCCCGAACAUGACCGGCGUGGAUCGGAAGCGGAAGAGUGGCUCGGUUCACAAGACUUCCUGUGGUUUCGUUCUGGGCUGGGUCCGUGUUGAGGCUUUGUAGGGAAGAGAUACAUUGUAACUGUUCGGAUUGUCAAAGAAAGUAUCGCGGAGUCGGCGGCGAACGGCAGGAUGAUCCCGACUGAGGACGCGUCCGCCAGGAAGCGGGAGAUUGAGGAGAAGCUGAAGCAGGAGCAAGACACCCUGUCAUUCAUACGGGACAACCUAGAGAAGAGCAACCAGCUGACCAAAGGCAUGGUGUCGAUCCUGUCGUCGUUCGAGACACGGCUGGUGCACCUCGAGGAGCGCAUCAUCCCCGUGCACAAGCAGACGGAGAACCUGCAGAGGCUGCAGGAGAAUGUGGACAAGACCCUGUCCUGCCUGGAUCACGUCAUCAGCUACUACCACGUGGCCAAGGAGACUGACAAGAUCAUCAAAGAGGGACCUGCUGGCCGUCUGGACGAGUACCUGGCCUGCAUUGCAAAGAUCCAGAAAGCGGUGGAGUACUUCCAGGACAACAAUCCUGACAGCCCAGAGCUGAACACAGUGAAAGCGCGCUUCGAGAAGGGGAAGGAGCUGCUGGAAGCAGAGUUUCGGAGUCUGCUCACACGCUACAGCAAGCCGGUUCCGCCCAUCCUGAUCCUGGAUGCCAUUGGCGUGGAUGACGACCUGGAAGUGCAGGAGGAAGUCACGCUGGAGCAUCUUCCCGAGGCCGUGCUCCAGGACAUCAUCUGCAUCGCUGGCUGGCUGGUGGAAUACGGCCGCAACCAGGACUUCAUGAACGUGUACUACCAGAUCCGUUCCAGCCAGCUGGACCGCUCCAUCAAAGGCCUGAAGGAGCACUUCCGCAAAAGCAGCAGCUCCUCCGGGGUCCUCUACUCUCCCGCUGUCCAGAACAAGCGCAAGGACACUCCCACCAAGAAGCCGCCAAAGAGACCAGUGUACAUCCCAGGGACGAUCCGUAAGGCUCAGAACCUACUGAAACAGUACUCUCAGCAUGGGCUGGAUGGGAAAAAGGGGGGCUCUAACCUGUCUCCUUUGGAAGGUCACGAUCACGACCUGCGGGUCAAACACCUCACUGACGUCCUGAACGAGAAGCACGGGGUGACUGCAGGGAAGGAUGACAUGCUGGACAUCGAGAUCGACUCCUACAUCCACUGCAUCAGCGCCUUCGUGAAGCUCGCCCAGAGCGAGUACUCUCUGCUGACCGAGAUCAUCCCCGAGCACCACCAAAAGAAGACCUUCGACUCCCUCAUCCAGGAGGCUCUGGACAACCUGAUGCUGGAGGGCGAGAGCAUCGUUUCGGCCGCCAGACGCGCCAUCAUGCGGCACGACUACUCGGCCGUCCUCACCAUCUUCCCCAUCCUGCGGCACCUGAAGCAAACCAAGCCGGAGUUCGACAGCACGCUGCAGGGCACUGCAGCCAGCACGAAGAACAAGCUUCCCGCGUUGAUCACCUCCAUGGAGACCAUCGGAGCCAAAGCCCUCGAAGAGUUCGCCGACAGCAUCAAGAAUGACCCGGACAAGGAGUACAACAUGCCAAAGGAUGGAACGGUUCACGAGCUGACCAGCAAUGCCAUCCUCUUCCUGCAGCAGUUGCUGGACUUCCAGGAAACAGCAGGGGCCAUGCUGGCAUCCCAAGUCCUUGGGGAUACUUACAAUAUACCUUUAGACCCCCGAGAGACCAGCUCUUCCGCCAGCAGCUACAGUUCUGAAUUCAGCCGAAGACUUCUGAGCACCUACAUCUGCAAGGUGCUGGGGAACCUGCAGCUGAACCUGCUCAGCAAGUCCAAGGUGUAUGAAGACCCUGCCUUGAGUGCCAUCUUCCUCCACAAUAACUACAACUACACCCUGAAGUCCCUGGAGAAGUCCGAGUUGAUCCAGCUCGUGGCCGUCACACAGAAAAAGCCAGAAAAUGUGUAUCGGGAGCUGAUUGAGAGAGAGAUUCAGACGUAUCAGCGGAGCUGGCUUCGGGUCACAGAGUAUCUGACAGACCGGAAUAUGCCCCCCUUUCAGCAAGGCGCCAAGCUGAAAGAUAAAGAGCGGCAGAUGAUCAAAGAUAAGUUCAAGGGUUUUAAUGAUGGGCUCGAGGAGCUGUGCAAGAUCCAGAAGGGGUGGGCCAUUCCGGACAAGGAGCAGCGUGACGCCAUUCGCCAGGCCCAGAAGAAGGUGGUGUCCCAGGCUUACAGAGACUUUCUGAGCAGGUAUGCCAACAUCUCAUUCACCAAAAACCCAGAGAAGUACAACAAGUACAGGCCAGAGCAGGUCGAGGAGAUGAUCGAGAAGCUGUUUGAUACUUCGGCCUGAGACCUUCUCCUUGUCGGGCUUCCCCCAAGUUCCCGCACACACACCUGUCUCCGCAUUAUUUGUCUUGUGCCUGGUGGCUUUGCCACUUGGGAAGCACUCUUUCCCCCCCCCGUUUUUGUAUAAAUAUUUAUGUAUUAUUCACACUCUGCUUGAGACUGUGAUCCAAUAAAUAACU